AUGUACAGAGAGGAAGUUCCUCUCUACGGCGACUUGGUCAAGAUAGUGCACAAUAUCAAUGCCGUAACACUUGAGGAUGCCAUCAGCAAGACGUCUGCCGCUGAUACUGUGGCCUUACGCGCAAGUGCAGAGUGGCUCACACUUGAGAGGCACGGCGCAAACCGUCUGGGGAUCCCUUACGAACUCCAGAUCGUGAAACGAAUAUUCGCAGUCCUUGGCAUGUAUCCUAUUGGCUACUAUGAUUUGUCUGCAUCAGGCCUACCAAUUCACGCGACUUGUUUCCGCCCAAAACAUACUGCAAGUCUAGACUGGAAUCCCUUUCGUGUCUUCACCACCCUUUUUCGCCCGGAAUUGCUGGUCUCAAAAGAUGCUAGGGAACAAGCUUUGGCCUUGUUGGAACAAAGGAGGAUCUUCACCGACACAUUAUUGGAUCUACUCAACACAGCCGGCGAACAAGAUGCCCAGCUGGACCAUGAGCAGGCGGAGGCUUUUGUCCCAGAGGCUUUACUCAGCUUCAGCUGGCGAUCGGUGGCCGCAGCGGCAUUCGAUCAAUACCGACUACUACGGGAGGAACAUCCUAUUCUGGCUGACAUUGCCUGCCUCCAAAGCGCCCAUAUAAACCACCUCAGGAGUCUCAAUCAGACCCCAGACCCAUUUCCUAUUCUGCAAUGCAGGGGACAUUUCGGUGUCAUUUGUCAAAUGAUACAGGGAAUGCCAAUCGCGUUUCUUGGAUACCACUGA